CCGCUUUUUGAGCUUAAACCCAAACCGGCUUUUUGAGCUUAAACCCAGCCAUAAACGGAUAUUUUGCUUAAGCAACCACGUUUCAGCAGUUUCGCUGAUUUAUGAUGUUUAUUUCUUCCACUUUAACUCAGGAUCGCAAGGCGAUUUGGACUUUAAGCUGAUCUGCUAGAGCUGUAGGGUCUGAAGGAGGAUAUUACGAACCGAAAAUCUUGGCCUUUAGCUCAUUGCAGAGCCACCAAGAUAUGAUAACUACCGAGUUGGUUCAAAGUCUUGUAGUCGCCCUGUUUUGCUUGAGGAGCACGUUUAUAUUUUGUGCUGCGAUCCUAAAGGCAGGAAAAGACAAUGUAACGACUUCGACACCAGGCCUUUUUGGCUGUAAGGAAAUAUCCUUCAAACACUCUUUCUCUGGUGGACAGCAAGUCAAAGUAUUCGCUUCGUUUGGACAUACCGUAAAAAGUCCAACACAUCGUUAUGGUGCGGCAGUCUGGGUUGAGUCUGUUUCUACCAGUGGGUUUACAGUUUGUGUGUUGGAGUAUGGAGAAGGUUCAAAAGGUUCUGCUGAAGUGAACUGGAUUGCUUUACAAUCUGCACCUUCUGGAUCUCAGCUAGGAACAGUAGCGUUGGAUCCAUGGACUACCGGAACAGAGUGUAUUACUAUCAACUUUAAACAGCGCUUUACAACUUCACCAACCAUUUUAGUUUCCGCUAGCCAUGAGAUUCUUAAGAGACCACAAGAUGCUAUGGCUGUUUGGGUAAAAGAGCUCAAUAAGGACAAUUUUAAAGUUUGUUUCAGGGAGACAAAGAUUCAUGAUGGGCUGCAUAAAGAAAUCCGGAUGAACUGGAUGGCAUUUACAACUCUUAAGACUGGGAACUUCACUUUAUCCAAAACACUUAUGCUGAAUCUUGCAAGCUCAAAAACCCAUCACAGUAACAAUGCGUUCUGUCAGAUUAUAAACUUCACCGAUCCAUUUUAUGCUCCUCCUGUUGUAGUGGUGACACCAAAGCAGGGUGAUAUGAACAACCACUCGGGUGCUCCUCCCUCUCAAUGCAGUGCCAUUACAGCUUGGGUAGAGUUCACCUCAAGGAAAGAUACCAAGUUGUGUGUAAGAAGAUACAAGCGCAAUGAGGAAAGUAACAAUGCCAUUUCAAUUGAUUAUGUUUUUGUAGGAGACUUGGAUCCCUGCCUGGACGUUACCUGCUAUUUCUAUGGCCUAUGUAAGGCCUUUGGACCGCAUGACGCUCGCUGUGUGUGUUUAGAUCUCUGUCCGCCCCUCCACGAGCCCGUGUGUUCGUCAAAUGGUACAACGUACGGCAACGAGUGCUGGUUCAAACGAGAGACGUGUCUUUUGCGGCGUAAUUUUACCGUUCAACAUCCAGGUCGUUGUGAAGUUUUUCCAUUCCAGCGCGGUCGCAAACACAUGCCCCACAUUCCAACCCUGGGAUAUUUCCAUUGUGAGGUGAUCCACCUACAACCUUACGUGUUCUAUCCUGACAAACCCAUUGAAGUUCAGAUUACUGUCAAUUACAUGGACACCAGUGAGAAGUCAUAUGUACACGAUGCGGUGGUGUCUUGGGUUGAGAACACCAGUUACAAUCGAUUCACCGCAUGUGUUAUGGCGGCAGGUUUCAGUGAGCGAAAGUCGAAUGCAAAUGUCACGGUUGAUUGGAUGGCGUAUCAGGGAGCUCCGGUGGGUGGUUUGGCAGGAGAAGAGUGGAUAUCACAGUGGUGGACUGGAACGACUUGUAAAGCUGUGAAUUUUCCAUCGGGAAAGUUUAACAUUUCACCUUCUGUAUUUGUAACUGCCGAACAUCAUCAUUCUGGGCUCAAGCGUGACGCAGCUAGUGUCUGGAUUGAAGAUGUCACAAAAUCCUCAUGCAAAGUUUGUUUGAGGGAGCUACAAAACUACGCAGGAUCACACAAGGACAUUUCCGUUAACUGGUUUGCGUUUGUGGAUCUUCACAAGCCCCCCUUCUUAGAACAUGGCAUGGUUCCCUUUAUUAACAACAAAUCCCCUCCUGACGAUCAAAAUGAUGCCUUCUGCAAGGAUGUUUCCUUCCUCCAUACUUAUCAUACAGUCCCAAAUGUACUCGUCUCUGCUAAUCACUCAACUAAAGGAGGAAACCUAAGUCCUGUUCACAAUGGCAUCACUGCUUGGAUAGAGGUGUUGGUAAAGAUCCGCCACAGAUACGAUGGGGAAAGAUUAUUAAGGAUUUUACACAUUGUCACAACCAACUGUUUAAGUCUUACAUAUGCCAGCCUUUCCCAGCCAAGUUCAUCCAACAAAACACUUGAGCGAAUGUCAUAAUUAGAAAAGGUGAGAAUUCUAGCAGCCCUAUUCUGCAGCUUUUGAAGUUUGUUUGCUAGUCUCUUAUUGAUAUUACCCCAUA